GACCGCUUGGCCCCCGCGCGGGAAAUCCGCCCCGGAAGGCGCGUACUGCAGGGGGCGCCUAGGGUCCGAGGAGGGGGCGCAGCCAUCUUUGUUGGGGGCAACGCGCGAUGCCCAAAUCGUGCGCGGCGCUUCGGUACAGUAACCGCUAUAGCAGCCGCUGCCGGCAGCAGCUCACCUUCCACAGGUUCCCGUUCAGCCGGCCCGAGCUGCUGGCGCGCUGGGUGGGGAACAUUGGCCGUGGCGAUUUCCAGCCCAGCUCGCACACGGUGCUCUGCUCGCAGCACUUCCAGCCUGACUGCUUCAGCGCCUUCGGCAACCGCACCAACCUCAAGCCCAACGCCGUGCCCACGCUCUUCGCGUUCCCCCGCACCGUCAGGGACUUUACAAGGACAGAGGAUGGAAGGAGAUUAGAUGAAGAAACUGUUCUGCAUCAAGAGCCCCAACCCAGUAGAACAGAGGAACCACUAGAAGAGGUUGGCACAACUAAGGCAACAGAAGUGGAGGGCUGGCUGCUGCAAUCCAGGCCCCCAGUGCAGAGACACCACCCCGUUCAGACCUCAGAUCACAACUAUGCUGUCAGUGACUGUGCUUCCUUAAAACAAAAACUUUUCCAGGCACUAGAGGAAAAUGAAAAACUGCAAAAACGUCUAAAGGUUAAAAGCAUGGCACUGAGGAGGAUGUUUGUGCGGCUCCAGGCCUGCAAAAAGGAGCAGCAAAAACACCAGGCCAGACAGCCUGGUGGGAGGGAACAGGGCCUGACUUUCUGAACACUCAUCUACCAGCAAGAACUGUGGUUCGACAGGCUGCCGGCUAGAGUACUUUAUAGAGUGAGUAACGUACUCACUACUGUUUCUGAUGAGCAUAGCUUAAAGUUCACAUACAUCAUAAGUACCCAGCAUACACAUGGUCAAAUGAGAACUAGCAAAGGGAGCUUGGCUGAGAAAUAGAAUGUAAAAAAUUCCCGAAACCUGCACUUCUUGCCUCAGCAUUUGUAAUCUAAAUGCCUUUAUAAUAAAGUAAGAAUGCCAGGUGUAUACGGGUGUGUGAGAAGAGACUCUGGGAACUUUUCUGGCAAUUACAUUUAGUUAAGCUAAUGUUAAGUCAUAUAGACAUUGUCUUUUCAAGGUGUGAAGUAAUUCCAAAGUUGUAGAACUACUGCAUGGGCCAGAGACCACUUUUGUAAGUCAUGGUGCUAGCUCUUUUCUCCCCAUCCCAUUCAGUAUAAUUUAUAUGAAAACAGAUUUUCAUGACAGCAAAAACUGUAUUAUAACUAUUUACAUCAGGCAAACAUCAGUGAGAGGGUAAAUGAUUUUAUUCUUGUAUAAAGUUAAUGAAUUAUUGUUUAAUGUUUCAUCUCUAUUCUGUGGCUGGAUUUUAUCUGCGCUGUUGGGAUUUUUUCUUAUAAUUAACAGCAAAUGUUUUACAGCUAUUUUAUACCUACUACUACUCGCAUCUCAGCCUUUACUCAAUCCCCACACAAUCCUGUUAUGGGAAAUUCUGUUACAGUAGCCAGAGCAACAUCGCUCUAAGCACCCUACAAACACAGAUGAGACAGUUCCUUCCCAAGAAGAGCUUACAUCCGAGACUAAGAUACAAUAAUAAAAUAAGCUGGUGGUAGGUGGAAGAGGUGAUGCACAUUUGAGUAUUUUAUUGAAGAUGCUGGCAUCCUGCCCAGCCAUCACAUAGCA